AUGGUGCUAAUGCCGCUGCCUGUGCUUUGGUUUCCGGAUUCAGACGAUUUUACGGCGUCGGCGGACGAGCAACAUGACAUCUUGAACAUCAAAAACAACUGCAGCUUCAGCGUGGCGCCGGUGAUCGUCCCUAAACCGGGCUCGCCGCCGCUAGACUUCACCCCGUACCAGUUCAUGGGGUACGAGUACCUCGUCAACGUCGCGUUGCCACACGGGUGGUCCGGUCUCAUCUGGGCCCGCACCGGCUGCUCCACCGACGACGACGGCAAGUUCACCUGCGCCACGGGCGACUGCGGCUCCGGCCGUCUCGGGUGCGGCAGGGGCGCCAGGCCCACGUCGUCGUCGCCGGCCACGAUCGCCGUGCUCGCUCUCGGCGGCAAAGCAGGCGGCGGCACGGACUCGUACCACAUCAGCGUCGCCGACGGGUACAACGUGCCCGUGCUCGUGGCGCCUUCCGACACGAGCCGUGGCGGCCAGCAGUGCGCUCCGACGCAGUGCGUGGUGGACCUCGACGGCGCGUGCCCGGCCGACCAGCAGGUGAAGGCGUCCGACGGCCGCGUCGUGGCGUGCAAGCCGCCGCCGUCGGGGAACCCCGCCGCCGGGUCCUCGAAUAUCGCGUGCGCGACGGCCGGCACAAACGGCCCGGUCUGCGCCGUCGUCGACAACAGCUACACCGUCACCUUCUGCCCUGACAACACCGAAUUCGACCCUAAUCCUAGUGGUACCAGUAACUAG